AACGGAUGUUUGUUCCUACCCGGAGUCCAAAUCCCGGGUGCACCCCCGUGGGCUAAUGCAGUAUUUGACGUUUUUUCCGUGUGAACCGUGGAGUUUGGAGUCUGAUGCCGAUCAGCUGAGAUGCCUUUCAAAGAUCUCCCCAGAGAGGCCCUGCUGCAGCCGCUGUCCAGAAACGAGGUGGUGGGCCUGCUGCUGCGGUUGACAGUGUUCGGAGCAGCCACAUACUACAGCAUCAAGUGGGUCAUGGAGGCCAUGGAUCCGACGUCGAAACAGAAGAACCAGGCCAAGAAGAGGGCGGAGCAGCUGAUGAAGAGCAUCGGCGUGGAGGACGUCACCCUCACGGAGUACGAGAUGAACAUCGCGUCCCACCUGGUGGAUCCACGGAGCAUGAAGGUCUCCUGGGAGGACAUCGCCGGUCUGGACGAAGUCGUCAACGAGCUGCAGGACACCGUCAUCCUCCCCUUCCAGAAGAGAAGACUUCUGGCCAGAUCAAAGCUCUUCCAGCCCCCCCGGGGUGUUUUGUUGUACGGACCUCCGGGAUGUGGGAAGACCAUGAUCGCCAAAGCAACGGCCAAGGCCUCGGGGUGCAAGUUCAUCAACCUGCAGGCGUCCACGCUGACGGACAUGUGGUACGGAGAGUCGCAGAAACUCACGGCUGCCGUCUUCUCGUUGGCGGCCAAAAUCCACCCCUGCAUCAUCUUCAUCGAUGAAAUCGACUCGUUUCUACGGAACCGCUCCUGCCUGGACCACGAGGCUACGGCCAUGAUGAAGGCCCAGUUCAUGAGUCUGUGGGACGGACUGGACACGUCCGCUACCAAACAGGUGAUGGUAAUGGGCGCCACCAACAGGCCGCAGGACGUAGAUGCAGCCAUACUGCGGAGGAUGCCUGCUGCGUUUCACGUUGGCCUUCCAAACGCCCAACAACGACGGGACAUCAUGACGCUGAUCUUGGCAGGAGAAAACCUGAGCCGCAGUGUUAAUCUGACGGAAAUCGCUGAGAAGACCGAAGGUUACUCUGGCAGUGACCUGAGGGAGCUGUGCCGCGACGCCGCCCUGUACCGAGUCAGGGACUAUGUCCGCGAGGAGCAGCUGAGGCAGGUCACUGAGCAGCUCCUGGACUGGGACGGGGAGAAAAACACUUCCAGACCUGUGGAAGAAGAACGGUUGCGGCCGGUCACCCAACUGGACCUUCUCUUCGGCCUGGACAAAAUGGAGGAGUCUAAGCGGGCCACAGUCUCCAUGCCCAACCGGGUUUCGGACGUUCCUUUGGACUGAGCGGCG